AUGGGAGAGAGUUUUGUGCAAGGGGUACCAAAACUAGAAGAAUUGAGGAUUUGUGGUUGCAAAGACAUAACAUUCAAAGGAAUGGAAUCACAUCAAGAUAUUAGCUCACUUCAUGGAUCGGCUCCCGGGCGCUGUUCCCAAGUUCUUUCCAUGGUGGCAGAGGAAGAAGAAAAGCAACUACAACAAAAGUUUCCCUGCAGACUUCAUAAUCUGGAACUGAGGGAUUGUGAAAACCUUGCAAAGCUACCGCAAAUGCUGCAUAAUCUCAGUUCACUUACAGAUAUAUCAAUAAAAAACUGCUCAAAUCUUGUUUCUUUUGCAGAAGUAGUUGGCUUGCCUUCUCGGCUGAGAUCCAUUACAAUUGAGAAUUGCAAAGCACGGGGAGUUGAAGCAUUGGUGCACAGCAGCAUGACAUCUCUUGAAAGUUUCAAAAUUUCAGAUUGUGAGUCUGUGAAAUACAUUGCAAGAGUCCAGCUACCUCCGAAUCUCAAGCGGUUGGACAUCAAAUAUUGCAAUAACUUACAGACUUUGGUGGACAACGAAGUUUCCGAAAUGCUCGAGGAGAGUAUCAACAGUGGAAGCAGUCAGAACACUUCUCUGCUAGAGUACCUGAAUAUUAAAGACUGUGAAUCUCUCGCGUCCUUGUUGUCACACGGUGAGUUGCCAUGCUCAGUUAAGUGCAUUGAGAUUGAUAAUUGCCCGAAUCUUGUUUCCUUCUCUCCAAGAGGUAAUCUUCCUACGGCUCUUGGAUACCUUAGCAUUCGGCAAUGCUCAAAGCUGGAGUCAAUAGCAGAAAGGGUGAAUGAUAACACAUCUCUUCAAGAGAUUGAAAUCAUGGAUUGUCCAAGUUUUAUUCCAUUUCCAGAUGGAGGGUUGCCCUCCACCAAACUGUCAGCGCUUUACAUAAAUGAGUGUGAGAGACUGGCGGCCCUGCCAAAUGGAAUGUGCAAUCUCUCCUCUCUUCGGAAUUUGAAAAUACAAAAAUGUCCAGGCAUUGUAUCUUUUCCUGAGGAUGGAUUUCCCACUAACAUUUGGUCACUCGAGGUUAAAGAUGCCAACAUCUGCAAGCCAUUGUUCGAGUGGGGAUUGCACAGACUCACCUCUCUUUCUGUGCUCAAAAUUAGCGGAGGAUGUGAUGACGUGGAGUCCUUUCCACAGGAAGAGAUAGGAAUUAAACUUCCAAUCUCUCUAGCUACACUGGAGAUUGAAAAUUUUCCGAAUUUGGAAAGCCUGUCCUCUUCGGUUCAAAACCUAACGUCCUUAGGACGACUACAUUUCCUUCGUUGUCCAAAGCUCAAAUACUUUCCAAAGGGGUUGCCUUCUUCAAUUUAUGAUUUAUAUAUCGAUGGAUGUCCUCUGCUGGAAGAAAAAUGCAAAAAGAAUGCAGAGUAUUGGCCCAUCAUAGCCAACGUAAUCAUGAUCCGCUUAGGUGAAAGGAGGAUAUAUUGA